ACCACUUGAGGAGAGCAAUAAGUGAUAUAAAUAAUAAGUCUUCAGGAUUUUUGAAACACGAUGAUGUUGAAGAAUAUUAUAAAAAAAUUGAUAAGCAACUUAAUGAGUUUAAAGAGUUUGAUAAAAAAGUUUUGAAGAUCAAUGAUUUUAUUUAUAUGUUGGAUUUAGCAAUCUCACUAAUUAAGGAAUUGAAAAAUAUGAAUCUAAAAAGUCCUGAUGAUAGUUUAAAUGAAAUUGACUUAAUUGAUAAGAUUGAUCAAAAUUUACUUAAAUGGGUUAAAGAUUAUGCUAAAAUUGCUAAAAAAUUUAAUAAUAGGCAAUUUUAUGAAGGCUUUAGCAUUUUCAAUAAAAAUAAUGAUCUUGUUAUCUUUAAUAUUCAAGAAGAAUUAUUAACAGAAGUCGAUGAUAUUAGAAAACACUUGACUAAAAAGUCUAAAGAGUUGGACAAUAUAUGGUAUUUAAAUAAAGAAAAUAUCAAAAAA